AUGUUGGUAAUUAAUCAUUAAUUUAACCUUAAUUAAGCUAAUCUUAACAACAAGAAACUCUAAUAGCCAUUGCAAGCCUCGAGAAAUUCAGCUAGUGUAAUUUUCUAACCAAAGAUCUUAAAUGAAAAUUUCAAAAGUUCAGUGAUUAGCUCAUUAUCAAAACAAAACAACAAUGAUCUAAGAUUAGUAGGAAGAAAAAGCAAAUGCAGUUAUCCAUCUAGUUCUUAGAAAGAAAAUAUGGCUUUUAAGACUCCUAAGAAAAUUACUUAGAAUUCUAUUAAGACCUCUAUAGAAAGGUAGUAGUAGAACUAAUAAUCAUAGGGGAGAUUAAAAAAGUAAACAUCACCAAUAGAAUUCAGGAAAAUUCUACAACAAAAGGCUAAUUCCCCAGUAAAUAAAGUUUUGAAAGUAGAAUCAACAUUUGGGCAAACUACUUCUAAGAAUCUUUGGAAUACUCAAGUUGGAUAGUAGUAUCUAUCAUAUAAUAAUCAAGUUUUGAGAUCUAAUCAAUAAAGCCCUCAAGCACGACCUAAGUUACAAGAGGCUCAUUCCAAAUCUAAGGAAAGAUCCAAACCAUAAAUAUCAAAAUCAAGCUAAAAGAAAAUAGAUGAAGAGAAGAGGGAGUAAAAUUAUAAAAAACUUCAAGAAUUCGCUAAAUAAUAUAGUCCCAAAGGUUUUGAUCAGCCUAAAAUUUUGAGCAUAAAAUAAUCAAGGAAUAACAGUAAUACAUCUCUCAAGGAGAGAGUAUUGAAAAGUAACAAUAAGUCUAGCUAUUUUUCUCAGGUUCAAAUUGAUUAGGCUAAAGAGAAUCCAAUAAAGUAAAUGUAAGAUCAAUAUUUGGAAUAAAAAAAGAAAGCUUAUUAAAAUCUUGAGAGGAAGCUGCAAGCCCUUAAUGAGGCAACUAAGUCUGAAAAUGAGCCAAGCUAUAAAAAUUCGAUUGCUGACACUUAGAUUAGUUAUGAAACAAGUGGUCACACAAGUUAGACUUCAAUAAAGUAAAAUCAUCAUAAAGUAACACCAAUUGCUAUUGGCAGCUUCCAUCAAUAUUAAUCUCUAAGACCAUUCGAUAUCUAGAAAGUGGACUUGAGAGAUAUACAAGAUGACUCAGUCUACUAAAGUACUUUGGAAGAGUGCAUCAUUGAAAGAGAUGUAAGGGAUAAAGCAAAUCUUCACAAUAAGCCAUACUCAAAUGGCUAAGCUAUUAUACCGUUUGAAACUUAUGAGAAUGUGAUUACCAAGCAUACUUUGAACAAGGUUCACUGGACCUAAGCAGCGAGAUAUGCAUUCAACAAUCACUUCAAUCAAGAUGCUUGGACUGUUGCCCGUGUUAGACAUCUUGAUAAUGACACAGUUGAGAUUAUCAAGCGCAAAGAUCAAAAUAAAUCAAUUUGCUACAAGUGGGGUUAAGAUUAGAGAGGAAUCUAUGAGAGAGUUGUUAUUAACAGAGCUGAUAAAACUGUAGCUAUUGAUAGACUAGACAUGAACUGGAAAAUUGAUCAUCCAUUUAUGGGAAGAAGAGACUUGUUUAUGGUUUCCAAGAGAGGAGGAGAUAACGCUACUGAUUUUAUAAGACAUGAGUUCUGGCUCCACAAGCUUCUCAAGAUGCAACUUGUUAUGUGUACUCAUUGGUGCGCUUGGGGAUACAAAAGAUAAUUUAAAAAGUAACAAGCAACCAACUGA